AAUGUCCCGUGCACAAGACGCCGUUGGUAUUCUGCGAGGCCUCAAAAUUGUUGCCGAUGCCGUAGGCAAAUCACAAUCCGAGUACGCUAAACAUCUGUGGGCCAAUUCGAGCGUACGGGAAGUGCUCGAACAGCAACUAUCCACCGGAGAGCAAUCGGUAAAGCAGGUGCUUAACAAUCCCACCAAAGAGCUGGAAAAGGCCGGUGGAAUGUUGCGCGAAACCAUUGAACGGACAGCAGUGGUUGCGGAAGGCUUACGACAACUGACCGUAGCAGCGAUGCCAAAAGUAGGACCACUCUCUCCAGAAGCUUUUCUGAACCAACGUGUCCCGGCUUCUGGGGCAGUGUCUGCUACAGCUACCGAUGGACCACAGGGCGAUAUAGCGAGCUUGGACAUUUCGAAGAUAACACUAAAGGAACUGGAAUCGAUUCUAUCGGAACACAGCAAGAAUCGGGAAAUAAAGUUAAGCUUAGACAAUAACAAACCAUCCACCGCGAAAGCUGCGGAACCAAUAAUGGCUACAGCGGCUCCGGCUGCACCACAACACACAACGACAUCACAAACCACUCUACCUCCGGAGCCAGCUCGUACGGAGCUGGCUCGCUCAACGAAAGCUUUUACCCGAGACGAGCAACAAAUAGAAAAGAUGAUGCAUUUUGUUUCCUCGUACGAUAAAAAUCCUCCUGCUGCGGCAGCACAACCACUAGCACCCCCGACCAAUCCAGCGCAACCGAUCGAUCUCCCUCAACUAAGCACCGUUGCCAAGCAGCGCAAGGUGCCCUCAUCUCGUGUGGCCCGGCUCGCAUCAUUCGGUGGACUAUUUGCUGGACUGGGGCUGGGCACGGUAAAUGAACUUGCGAAAGGUGCUCUCGGUAUUGGAGGGACAUUAGACGUGAAGCAGGCCCUCUUUAGCCCUACCAACGCCGAACGUAUCGUUGACACACUGUGCAAAGUUCGUGGCGCCGCCCUAAAACUGGGCCAGAUUCUUAGUAUUCAGGAUUCGAACAUCGUAUCGCCGCAGCUGGUAAAAGCGUUCGAACGGGUACGUCAGGCCGCCGAUUACAUGCCCGACUGGCAGGUAGAAAAGCAACUCGUCAGCGAACUUGGCCCAAACUGGCGCGCGAAGUUGCAAAGCUUUGACCAGAAACCGUUUGCGGCCGCUUCGAUCGGGCAAGUGCAUCGGGGCGUGCUGAAGGACGAUGGGAUGGAAGUAGCGAUCAAGAUUCAGUAUCCUGGCGUUGCCAAAAGUAUCGAAAGCGAUAUCGACAAUUUAGUUUCGAUGCUGAAGGUUUGGGACGUGUUUCCGGCCGGUGUGUUCAUCGACAAUGUGGUAGCGGUGGCAAAACGUGAGCUAGCCUGGGAGGUGGAUUAUACGCGCGAGGCCGAAUAUACGGAACGGUUUGCCGAAAUGAUACGUCACAUGCCGGAGUAUCGAGUGCCACGCGUGGUGAAGGAACUCACCUCGAAGAAUGUUCUGACGACGGAACUUGUACCGGGUGUGCCGAUGGAUCGGUGCUUCGACAUGAGUCAAGAGCAUCGCGAUCACAUAGCUUAUUGUGUGAUGAAGCUCUGCCUGAACGAGCUAUUUACGUUUCGAUGCAUGCAAACGGAUCCGAACUGGUCUAACUUCCUGUACGACGCGUCCACGAAACAGGUUAUGCUGAUCGAUUUUGGUGCAACACGCUUCUACCAGAAAGCAUUCAUGGACGACUAUUUAAGAGUAAUUAUUGCGGCCACCAAAAACGACCGUCAACAAAUACUGGAGUUAUCGCGCAAGAUGGGUUUCCUUACCGGCUACGAAACGCCAGCAAUGGAAAAUGCACACAUUGACGCGGUACUGAUCCUGGGGGAAGUGUUCAGCGUACCUGGUGAGUUCGAAUUUGGGCGGCAGAGCACUACGAAGAAAAUUGCGGCACUCGUACCGGUCAUGAUCGCUCACCGGUUGUGUCCACCGCCGGAAGAAAUCUAUUCACUGCACCGCAAGCUUUCGGGAGUAUUUCUACUUUGUGCACGUUUAAAUGCGAAGAUUGACUGUAAGCCCAUAUUUAACGAGGUAAUGCAGAAUUACAAAUUUGACUAG